AUGGUCAUAUGUCCAGAGUGUAGUACAGAAUAUGAGAAGGAGGCAAAGUAUUGCUUCAAGUGUAGAAUACCAUUCACAGAUGAUAUACCAGACAACAUUAGACGAUAUCUGCGAGGUGGUGCUGCAUCACCUGGCAUUGGUCAUCGAGCCAUCACAACACCAUUGAACCCAUCAUCAUUCGAGAAGCCUCCUCUACAGAGGAAUGUAUCAUUGCCAACAGUAUUGAAUGCCAAAGGUGCACCAGUGGCCAUAUCAAAUCCUCCACCACCCUCUCUGACAUCCAGUCUCAACAACAACAAUAUCAACAACAUCAACUCCUAUGUAUCAUCAUCACCUCCCAACAACAACAACAACACUAGUAUAUUGGCCAAUGUCAAUACAACAACGUUUGCAACGACUGCAACACCAUCUACGCCAACUUCAUCACUGAACCGACCACGACAACAAUCAACGCCAAUUCCACCUUCACAUCCACUGCCACAACUACCUCCCAACAAAUCAGCGAGCAGCUUGCAUCUGCAUCAGACAGCGCCAAAGAGUACUGGUCGACAACCACCUCUUCCUCCAAUGACAUCAUCACCACCCAAUGGCAUUGGACAGUCAAGCAGCAGAUCUGCCACCAAUCUCAUGUCGUUAAAGUCACCAUCAUCCUCACCAGAGCCUACGCCCUAUACGGGUGGCAGCGACAUUGACUCUCCAGGAUCUGUGAAGCGACCUCUGUCACGAAGGAUACCGCCACCACCCCCAACAGCAGGUAAGAAGCUGGUGCGUGCAGUAUGGGACUGUAUCUCUGAGCAGGAGGGCGAUCUCGAGUUCUACGUCGGUGACAUCAUUUCAGUGAUCAGCAAGGAUGAAGGUGGCUGGUGGAUGGGCACUGUUCAUGGUAGAACAGGCAUGUUCCCAGCCAACUAUGUAGAGGAGAUGGAUCAAUAA